CUCGCGUAUUGCAGCACGAUGCGACGGACGGCGAGCACAAUGGAGUUCGAGCCUUAAAAGAAUUCUCCGCUGCAAUUCUUUUUGCUGCAACAGAUGCCGGGGAUUCCUCUCCUCGAUUUCACAGGAACGACGACGACGACGACGACGGUGCAUUCGUCCUCUUAUCCCAGCCCGGGUACGAACGAGGGUGGGAUUCCGCGCGGAGGGACGGUGGGACGGGGGGACGGACCGACCGUGAAUUACCGUGAAACAGCAAUCGUGACCGUAGAUGACUCGAAUGACUUGCGAAUUUCGCUUUGCCGCGGGGCCGCGAUAUUUCGCGCGUAAUCGAGCGAACGGUACUCCGCGCGAGCGAGUCAGCUGUUCCGCAUCCCGCGCGGUUACGGGCUACGGCAACGCGGAUUUAAUUGACCGUUCGACGGUUCGUCCGGCGGCAGGACGACGGGCGAGUUAUUCGCGAUUCCUCGAUCACGAGCAUCCAGAUCAAACAGAUGUCCGCGAGAAAGACGGGAGCGAGAGAGGAGGGAAGGGGGGAACGAGCGCGAUACCGCGUCCCCUCGAAGGAACAAUUAUAUUCGUAAAAGAGGACACUCGUCAUCUCGUCAAUCUCAUCGUGCGGGUUGCGGGGUGUUCGUCGUGACCCGACGGACAGAAUGUGGGAGAACGACGGCGUCGCGUGAAAGAGAUAAAAACAUUAUUGUCGUGUCAUCUCCGGAUUACGUUGUCUUUAAAUUGCGUCUUCCCGGGAUUAUCAUCUCCGCUUCGCUCACGCUCGAAUAGAUACCGAGGCGAAUUUCAUUGACGAUAACUGUGCGCGAUCUUUGAGAGUCGAGACGAAAACUGUGAACCGGCGAUUCUUGCAAAUUGUUGCAAUUGGAGUGAAUUUUGACGCGUGCCGCCCUCACUCGGUCGAGAUUGAUACCCGGAGAACAUUUUACGACGGCUCGAAAGUCGUCCUAAAAUUUUGAAGAUAUAUGUCUUAUGGAAUUAUCUCAACUGUCAGGAAGACGUCCUGAAGUAAAGACGUCUUCGAAAAGUUUUAUGUAUUUGUGAUAUUUUCAAGACUGUUUUAGAAUCAAUGUUUCAUCUUUGAGACAUUUUAUUUGAGAUUGCUUUUAGAUGUGAUAAUUAUAGUCGGUAAAACAGUUCAGGUGGCGCGCGCGCGCGCACGCACACGCACGCACACACACACAAUUCUUUUUUUGUCAUAAAAUAAUCAGAACAAACAACAAACCUCUUUUCUGAGAAAAUAAAAAAAAAUAUCCUUGAGAUCUCCUUUCAUGCCGAAACUCUCAUCCAUUAUGCGUUAAAUUAAGAAAAUACCGCUGAAGGUAGAAUAUUUAAUUGUUUUUCCUCCACAACAUAUUAUAUUUCUGAUCAGACGACUCAUCUUUCGCGAUUUAUUUGCACAUUUUUAGACUUUAUGCCACAAUUUUUUGUUUUUAUACCUCAUCGGCUACCAACGAAGUGCGUCAGAGGAUUGCAUUUUAGUCAUUUUUGUAAAAAUAUAACUUUCGCACAGCUACUCUACUGUUCCCCACUCUCUGUUCAUCGUCGAAUCUCUGGAUAAGGAAACCGAUUACGAUAUAGACGCAGUAACAUUUCAACCACCGCAUCGUACGUCUCGCGAAAUUUCCUGCAAAUCCUCAUCCGUACGUCCCGUGUGUUUUCCCUAAUCCGUUUCCCGGAAUUUAUUCCACACUCUACAGGCCUAGAGGAUUAGGGCGACGUUUUGCGAUCCUGGUAUGCAGAGACAGAACGUAACGUAUUUCGUCGAGGAGUUCGAGUGCGAGCUGAAGGACACGUCCGGGAGAUGCCUGAACGUCGGCUCCGGUACCGGGGAGAUAACGAGGAAGGUUCUCCUGCCGGUUCUUAAUCGAGACGCGGUGAUGAUAGGUACGGACGUUUCCGAGAGCAUGGUCGAGUACGCGAACAGGAUCCACGGUGUCGACGGGGUGCUCGAGUUCGAGACGUUGGACAUUCAGACGAGAGACCUGCCCGAGAAGUACGUCGCCGAGUUCGACCACGUGUUCUCAUUCCCCGUUUUGCAUUUCUGCAACGACGUCCGACAAGGAUUGGAGAACAUUUACAAAAUGCUUCGACCCGGCGGCACCUUCCUCAUGCUAUGGGUAUCGUCCCACGACAUGUUUAAGAUUCUUGAAAACAUGGCAGAGAACAAGCGCUUCGCAUCGUAUUUGUACAAGUACACCGCGCCGUUUCCACAUUCGGAGAAGCCUCACAUGAAGCUAAAGGAGUUGCUUAGGAGCAUCGGUUUUAGGAUUCGACACUGCAGUAACCGGGAGAUGAGCUUCGUCGACAAGAAGCCGAAAGCUUUUCUACCCACUAUUAUAUCUGCCUUUUCGUUUUUGCGCGAGAUGCCACCCGACCGAGCGGAGAACUUCAAGAACGAGUUUGUACGCGAAUAUACGAAUAGAAAAUAUACGCGCGAUAAUGAGGAGCUGGCGGUGGACCUGUACAAAAUACUGGUAGUGUACGCACAGAAGCAAGUAUUAUAAAGUAGAUAAUAAUUAUGUACAUGUGUAAUAUUGUGAUAAAUUGUUAUGUAUAUAGAUUAUAUAAGUUAUAGAGAUCUCAUUAUCGAAGCGAUUAGUGGUUAUAAAGUAUAUAUAUCUUUCGUCGCAUGACGGAUUAGAGAUAAGAGAUAAGAGAAAACUCGAAUGUUAUUAAAUUCGGAGGAAAAUCGAGAAUGUUGACAGCGCACUUUCAUCUUUCAAUCUCUAAUGCGUACUCUUAAUACGUUCGAUUCGUUAUUUCACGAAAAUAAGAGGAUGAGGUGUGUGUACACAUAUGUAUUAUAACUACGCUUUGAGAUAAUAUAUUUAUUUCUUAUUAA